UUGUUUUUAUAUUUCUAUGUUUAUAUUACCCACAUAGCUCUUUAGCUUUGUCUCUUGAGAGAGGUGGUGACCGACUUCUGCAGCCUGCAACUCUGUCUGCUUUUGUUGUCCGCCUCUCUUCCGAUCAUCAAAAUUCAAAAUCCAAGAUCCGAAGUUGGGGAGGAGAGGAUUUGGAAUUUUUGGGGUUUUUUUGGAUUCGAGCUCGGAAUUGCAGAAAUGGAGAAGGAAAAGAAGUCUCCUGUGUCCGAUGUGGGAGCUUGGGGAAUGAAUAUUGUGAGCUCUGUGGGCAUUAUCAUGGCCAACAAGCAGCUCAUGUCCCCUAACGGCUUUGCUUUCGGCUUCGCUACAACUUUGACCGGAUUCCAUUUCUCUGUUACCGCUUUGGUCGGUCUGGUGUCAAAUGCCACUGGUUACUCUGCAUCUAAGCAUGUUCCUCUGUGGGAACUUGUUUGGUUCUCACUUGUUGCCAAUGCUUCAAUCACCGGGAUGAACUUGAGCCUCAUGCUUAACUCUGUCGGAUUUUAUCAGAUAUCGAAGUUGAGCAUGAUUCCAGUGGUUUGUGUGAUGGAAUGGAUUCUUCAUGCAAAGCAUUUUUCACGGGAAGUCAAGAUUGCGGUGGCAGUAGUGGUUGUAGGCGUGGGUAUAUGUACUGUGACCGACGUGAAAGUCAAUGCUAAAGGCUUUCUGUGUGCUUGUGUGGCUAUCCUAUGUACAUCCCUACAACAAAUUUCAAUAGGUUCCUUGCAAAAGAAAUACUCGAUAGGCUCUUUUGAAUUGCUCAGCAAGACAGCUCCCAUUCAAGCUCUGUCCCUUCUUGUCCUUGGUCCAUUCAUCGAUUACUUUCUUACUGGAAAACUUCUCUCUGAUUACAAGUUGUCUACUGGUGCAUUUUUUUUCAUCCUACUCUCAUGCUCCCUAGCAGUGUUUUGCAACAUCAGCCAGUACCUCUGCAUCGGCCGCUUCUCAGCUGUCUCUUUCCAGGUUUUGGGCCACAUGAAAACAGUAUGUGUCCUGACAUUGGGAUGGUUACUCUUUGAUUCCCAGCUCACAUUCAAAAACUUGCUCGGCAUGGCUCUUGCUGUUCUUGGCAUGAUCGUAUACAGCUGGGCUGUGGAGGCUGAGAAGCAACCCAAGGUCCUUCCCAGUCAUCUGUCAGAAGAGGAUCUGAAACCUCUAAAGGAGGGAGUAGCCGAGAGUCCAUUGAAAGAUGUGGCGAUUGGUGAGUCCAAAGUAUAGGCUUCCCGUUUUCACCGCGCAAAGACAUUUUCUGGGAUACAUGAUCAUCAUGUUCCGACAUUCAUCUGCUCGUCCAGCACAGCCUUUUACACUAAUUCUAUUUAUUCACAAAAUAUGUUCAAUCUUUCUUUUUACUCGUAUUUAUUUUCGUCAGAAAACGAUUAAAGUAUUUUUGUAUAUGGAUUUCAGUAUUCAGAAAGAAGUAGAAUGUAUUCGUGGAUGGAUGGACGUAUUUUCUGCAGUUAUGAACAUUUAAAAGUUAAUUCCAGAAAAUAUAAUUUUCCUCCCUUUUCCCA